AUGGGCGACCUGUCAGACUUCGAAAGAGGACAAAUCGUGGGUGCUCGGUUAGCAGGAGCAUCUGUGACGAAAACGGCUGAACUGUUUAACGUUUCACGAACGACAGUAUCCACUGUGAUGACAGCCUAUACAAAACAUGGCAAAACAACAUCUGCGAAGAGAAGGAGUGGGCGCAAAACAACGUUAACAGACAAAGACCGCCGAAUAUUAAAAAGGAUUGUGGCCAAGCAACAUAAAACUACCGCAGCAAAGGUGAAGGUACCGGAGCAGAACUCAAGUCACCUGAACAAUCUUGUUUCGACAAAAAUAGUGCAGCGGAAGCUUCACAAAAUAUGGUCUGAUGAAUCAUCGUUUACUUUGUUCCCUACAAAUGGCCGGGUUUAUGCAUGGAGAGCCCCCAAAGAAGCCUACGAUCCGGACUGCUUACUACCCACAGUCAAGCACGGGGGUGCCUCCGUGAUAAUUUGGGCGGCUAUAUCAUGGUAUUCCGCUGGUCCGAUUAUUAUACUCAAUGGCCGUAUUACUACGAAUGAAUAUCUAAAUAUUCUCAAUGAUGAAGUUCUUACUAUGACCAGUAUAUUGUUGCCAAACACUGCCAUAUUUCAAGACGAUAAUGCGUCCAUAUACAGGGCAAAAAGUUCAGUUUUGGUUCGAGGAACAUCGGAAUAUUAUCAAGCAUCUAUCCUGGCCAGCACAAUCGCCAGAUCUCAACAUCAUUGA